UGUGGUGUGUGGUGUGUGGUGUGUGGUGUGUGGUGUGUGGUGUGUGGUGUGUGGUGUGUGGUGUGUGGUGUGUGGUGUGUGGUGUGUGGUGUGUGGUGUGUGGUGUGUGGUGUGUGGUGUGUGGUGUGUGGUGUGUGGUGUGUGGUGUGUGGUGUGUGGUGUGUGGUGUGUGGUGUGUGGUGUGUGGUGUGUGGUGUGUGGUGUGUGGUGUGUGGUGUGUGGUGUGUGGUGUGUGUGUUUUGUAGUUGUUGUUGUUGGUUUUGUUUGCUCUUUGUUUUGUGUGUGUUUUACUUUUUGUUUGGUUGUUGCUUUGUGUGCAUAUGUGUAUGUGAUUGUGUGUGUUUUGUUUUUGUUUGUUUUUGUGUGUUGUUAUAGUGUUUGUUUGCUUGUUUGUUUGUUUGGUGUGCAUGUUCAGAUGUAGGCCAGAGGACAACACUGGGAACUUUCUCCACCUUUUCUAGUUUACUGGGGUCUCUCACUGAACAUAGAGUUCACUAAUUUCACUGGACUACCUGGGCAACAAACUCCAGGGAUCCUCCUCAGCCUUGGGUCUGUACGUGUGCAUUGCUGCAUCUGACAUUUUUAUGUUAGUAUUAGGGAUCUGAACUCAGCUCUCCACACUUGCAUGGUAAAGUGCCUGAUUGACUAGGCUAUCUCCCCAGUCUCAGUAAUACUAAUUUUCAAAAUUAUUUCCUAAAGUACAUAAUACACUUACAAAAACACAGAAAGAAAAUAUUGAGGCAAAACAUAGAAUGUGUCUGGUCGGAUGUAUUCUCCAUGAGGUUACUGGAUGUAAAAGAAGUAGAUAUUUGGAAAAAAAACAUAAAGAUAGAAAUCUGUGUUCUGAGAGGACGGUAGCAGGUACCUAGGUUCUAUCAAGGGGGGAAGAAAGUGUAUAUUCCCAUCAUAGAGGAUAUAGCGCGAUGCAGGAGCCAACCAUCUGAGAACUUCAGACACUAAAGUUGAGAAGCUAACAGGAGGGGUGACUCGGUGUUAAACUGCCACACUACCUUCUUCAGUCAUGUUUUAGAACAAUGGACGGAACGGGUUCUGAAGCCUCAGAUGAAGCAGAAUAGGUAGUAGUCCAGUAUGCCUGCACUGGAGAAGUAAGUGGACCCAGGUGAGAGAGCCAUGCAGACCAAGAGAAUCUGUACCUACCUGAAGUUCAGGCACACACACACACACAACACACACACACACACACACACAUACACACACACACACGCACACACACAUACACACACAACACAACACACACACACAAAAUACACACAUGCACACACACGCACAUACACACACACACACACACACACACACACACACUAAUUAUAUGCAGUAGGGUGAACUAGCAUUUUCACCCUAUAGUUGAGGUGAAAUUUUAUAGUUGAGCUCUGGAAUAUAAUGCAUACACGUAGAGUCAGACUCUUUAGGUGGUUUAUGUAUGCACACAUAUGAAGAUGUAUGUAGUUCCAAGAUCCUGGCUUCUAACCCAGCUUUCCCAGGUCUGUCCUCACUACCUACCUGCCUUCGAGCCCCAGCAAUAUCCCUGAUUCAUCUGUUUUGUAAUCCAUCUCUCCCUCUUCCCGUGCUCCGUGCCCACGGCUUCCGCGCUCACAUUCCACUGCUCCAUAGAUUUUGUUUGAAGUGCUCUCUCACAGCCCUCUCCCUUCCUCAUUUAUCGAGACUUAUUCACUCAUAAAUUCAGCCUCUCAAAUGUGCAGGGUGCUCUGUGAGAUGCACUCCAUCCCUGUCUCUGCCGAGCUCGUCGCCUGUCAGGACAGGCCGGCAGACACUGAAAAAUAAGGAUAAUUAUUUGUCAAUAAUAGUGAGGUUUAGGAAGUGUGCCACGUGGAUGGUGCCAAGUCUAAUGCCAGGGUGGCUGUGCAGGGUUUCUAGAGGACGAGUUAUAUAUGUUUGUAGUGUGAGGGAGAAUAUGGGACAGCUGAGGCCAACUUAAAAGCACGAGGUUUUUACUGGAAUAGAAGUAGGUUCAUUGCUAAGGCUUGCAUGCUCUGAAAACUUGAGGGCCUCAGUCUUCAGAACAGCUGAUUGGCAGAGCACUUGCCUAGAAUGGGAAAAUCUGAAUUUUGAUUCCCAGCCCCAGAUAUAAAGAAACAAUGGUAAGAACAAUGGCAAUGGUGAAAAUGGUGAGUGCUGGGAGUGCUCGUAUUGGUUUUGCGAGCAAGUUGGCCAUGUUACAUUCCACAGAAUAGAGCAGACCAACCUAAACCUACACCAUACACAUCAGAAGAGUCUUUUUCCAGUCACGAUACUCUUAGAACGUGCCUUUGUGGAGUUCUUUGAAUCCACAAAGAUUACUGUUAGUCUUGUUUAAUGCCACGGAAAAGUCAUUUGAAGAAAAACUCCUAAAGACUAGGAGUCUUAACUCCUAAAAGCAUGUUAGUGACUGUCGUGAGGGUGACGUUUGAUUUGACUGAUUUGACUGACAGGUGAACUCAGCGUGUCUCCAAUGGGAUCACACAAAGCCACUGCAUUGUCUAGACUUGAAGUAAAAUGCAAAUAGCCCAUCACAAGGGGUACAAGGGCCUGGGAUCAAUCCAUGGAGAAGCCCUUUGGCUCUUGAGCUUGGAUUGAUUCCCUGUUUUAACUUUUGACUGUCUUCUGUAUUUCUAGUUAUGUUUCCUAGUCAGUGUCCUGCCCUCAGUUUGGUUUGUUUCAGUGUUCGGAAGACGGAAGACAUUUAAAGUCUCUAGGAUAUGCUAAGGUGCACCUUCUGCGCUCACCCAGCACUCAGCCUGUGACUCUGCACGCAUUCUCAGAUUUAACUUUGCCAUGACAAUCUACACCUUUAAAUAGCAGCAGAGACCUCUCUUUGAAACAAGACACGCACUUACUGAUGGUGAACAUUAGUGAGAGAGUUGUAAAUAUCAACGACUCGAAGGGGAAUAAAAUUCAGAAGAAGAGCCCUCCCACAAGUCACCACUAACACGUAGGAGUUGCACCGUCACUUCUAAUGUCUGUUGAAGCUCCUUGUUGCUUUUAAGGCAGAACGUGAAAACAUAAAUCACUGAAGACACUCUCAACAAAGGAAGAUGGGCAAUCUGAGGCCUUUUGAGUUUGAUGCAGUUUUUUAAAAAUAAAUAUUUAAGUAAGAAAGUACUUCCAGAGUUCUUUGUAGGAUUUCUAUGGGAAAUAGAUGAAAGGCCUAUGAUCUAUUUUUUCCCCCUUUAGCUGUGGUUUCUUCUACCUUGGUCCCAUUUCUAUCCCCAUCUCCAUCCAUAUCUCCAACCUUAUCCCUACUCUCAUCCUGAUUCCUAUCCCCUUCUUGCUCUCCCUCCUCCUCUCUCUACCUAUUUUCAUUUCUAUCUGUCUAUGUUUGUCCCUCCAUAUUAUUUAGGUUGCAUCAGAAACAAUAUCCCAUAAUUCAUGAGCCUGACAGCAUUGAGCAGGUAUAAGAUUCCUAAAGAAACAGUACAUAUCACUCCAAAUAGAUAGAUAGAUAAAUACGUGCAUAGAGGAAUCACAGAGAAAUUCAACAAAUUGGAAUCCAGGACAUGUCGAUAUGUUAGUAGGAAGCUCAGAAAUCUGAUAAAAAUAUUUUUAUAGUUUUGAAAGGCUUCUCAUUUUUUUUUGUAAAGCAUAGCAUUUCUCUGGCCCUUUGAGCUUCUGAAGAUUAUUAUAUGAAGUUUAUACUGCAUGUGUCCCAGACUCGCUCCUUUGCUUCCCAAAAUAAUUCAUCUCCUUCAGUAACACUCUCUUCAAAGUGGAUUUAUUUCUAACCCUUUCACACGUAGCCGGGCACAAAGUGAGGUGCUUUAACUGGAAGUUGCCAGUCACAGGGCAGGAAGCGCAGCAAGUUUUAUCUUCAGCCUUCUCAUCCAGUAUCCUCGGGACGGAACUCAUGGAAACGGAUCUACAGUCAGGUUAGAAAUGCCGGAGCAAGGCGUAAAGCCAGAAGCAGCCGCUGGGAUGGAAGUGUUCCUCACGAUCCGGGGCCACAAGACCAUCAUCUUUAAGGACUCGGAGGAGGAAUCGAGCACCGUGCUUGAACUGAAACGCAUCUUGGAGGGCAUCCUCAAGGGGCCGCCAGGGGAGCAGCGGCUGUACAAGGACGACCAGCUCCUCCAUGAUGGAAAAACUCUGAGCGAGUGCGGCUUCACCGAUCAGACAGCAAGGCAACAGGUCACAGCCACAGUGGACCUGGCCUUCCGAGCAGAUGACACCUUCGAAGCUUUGUGUAUUGAGACCUUCUCCAGCCUUCCGGAACUGGAGAUGUGA